AUGCUGCGAAUCGCGAGAUUUUUCCCAUCUUUGAUCUCAAAAAGACCUUGCUCUUCCUCUUCUUCUUCCGCUUCUGAAGAUUCACUAAAACCUUCAAAAACCUUUGUCAAAAAUUUGAAUCCCGAUGAACUCGAAAAAUAUAACAAAACAGCUGAACAAUUUGAUAUAUUCUCGUAUAUGGGAAAAUAUGUUCCACUUCAAAUGAAGGAUGAAGAUUGGAAAAAAUCAUUGGAAUUCACGACUUUAGAUGAUAAAGUUGCGUUUUGGGAAUUUUUGGCCAUCAAAAAUUGA